AGAGGGGCUAACGCACUUUGGUGGAGUCCUAGUUCUGCGAAUGAUUAUAAAAUACAUAUAUGAAGGACCUAGACACAUUGUGUACGCAGAAAUGAGAAACCAACUGUGCUAAACUGGAUGGUUGGAUGGAGCUAGAUUCUCUACAGACUAUGUGAGAAGGUACAGGGGCACCAAAGUCUAGACUGAGGAAGCAAUGCUGCGUCUGGUAUGUCAUCCAUGGCGACGCUCCUCAGGAGCCUUGUGGAGAAGAUGGCGUUCGUCCGUUGCCAAGCCGACUUUAAAACAGAAUCAGGACUCCCAUCAAACACGGCUAAACCCUCUCAAAAUCCAAAUGUUGUCCAGAAACCUGCAGGAGCAGAUUUUCCGCGGGCUAGCGCAGGAAUACGAGGAGAAAGACGUGGAGCGGAGUAUGAGGCACUUGGAGAGGCAUCAGCUAUGGGGUAAAGAAGUGACCUUGCAGCCUGAUGUAGAACUGAAGCUACCUCAUAUGUAUGGGGAUGACAUUGACGGACACUUCCGAAUCCUUGCCCAGAAACAGAGCUUCCCUUAUUUAGAGGCAGCCAGUGUGCUCCAGCAGGCAGAGCUCCCUCCGAUGCCUGAGGAAUGGGCCUGGGAAGUGGGCUGGACAUACUAUGGACCAAAUGGAGAAUGUAGGAAAGUGGACUUCCCAGAGGAGAACGUCCUGGUGUUUGAUGUUGAGGUUUGCUUAAGUGAAGGCCACUGUCCUACUCUUGCUGUGGCUGUUUCUCCAACUGCUUGGUAUUCAUGGUGCAGUAAGAGGCUGAUUGAGGACAGAUACACGUGGUCUGAUAGGCUGACCCCAGCUGAUCUCAUCCCUCUGGAGACCUCUGCUAACUCCAGCAAACCACCCAAAGGACGUUGGAAGGAAAGGCUGGUCGUGGGGCACAACGUCAGCUUUGACCGGGCACACAUCAAAGAACAGUAUCUGCUUAAGGGCUCGAAGGUCCGCUUCUUGGACACGAUGAGUCUGCACAUGGCUAUCUCAGGUCUGACUGGUUUCCAGCGCUCGCUCUGGAUGGCUAGCAAACAUGGGAAGAGGCGAGGCCUACAGGAAGUCAAGGAGCACAUGAGGAAGACCAGCCUUCGUCACGAGGGCCCGAAGAUUGGCUCUAUGGACUGGGUCAACAUAAGCAGUAUUAAUAACCUGGCCGACGUCCAUGCCCUUUACGUUGGAGGAAAACCUUUGAAAAAAGAAGCCCGAGACAUAUUUGUGAAGGGCAGUAUGCUUGACGUCAGGAACAACUUCCAGGAACUGAUGCAGUAUUGCGCUCUAGACGUCCUGGCAACCCAUGAAGUAUUUACCCAACAACUGCCUCUCUUCAUGGAAAGGUGUCCUCACCCUGUGACAUUUGCGGGGAUGCUGGAAAUGGGUGUGUGCUAUUUGCCUGUUAACCAGAAUUGGGAUCGCUACUUGGAAGAUUCACAGAGCACAUAUGAUGAGCUUGAGAGAGAGAUGAAGAAAUCACUGAUGAUUCUGGCAGACGACGCCUGUCAGUUAGUGCAGGAUGACAGAUAUAAAGAGGAUCCCUGGCUGUGGGACCUGGAGUGGGAUACUCAGGAGUUCAAGCAGAAAAAAGUAUCCGUACGCAAGAAAGACCGAGCCAAACAGGAGGCAGGGGCGGCAGCAGCAGCAGCAUCUAGCAAGUCCGUAGGAGACUGGGACGAGGACCCUGGGCCUCCCUCUGAGGAGGAGUUGAGCAGACCUGACCCUGUGACAGAGAUCCUGGAGAGGCUGAAAGGGACGGUGAGCUGUCUACCCAAGAGGAGACAGCACCUCCCUGGACACCCUGCCUGGUACCGCAAGCUGUGUGUGAAGAUGUCUGAGGAGGAGGCCUGGUCCCCUGGGCCAAGUCUGAUAAGUCUGCAAAUGAGAGUGACACCUAAGCUGAUGGGACUCACUUGGGACGGCUUCCCGCUACACUACACAGAGAAGCAUGGCUGGGGUUACUUAGUGCCAGGCCGCAAGGACAACCUCGAGGCAGCAGAGCAAAGUGACGGACCUGCGUGUCCAUACUGGGCAAUUGAGAAAUUAUAUAAGGAGUACUGUGAACAGAGAGGCAAGGAGAAGCCGUCGUGUCUGGAUGACCCUGUCUCCGCUGACCUCAUGCUGACUGACAGCUCCGUGUGGGAGACGGUGGAGCAGCUGAGUCGACUGGACGAUAUUUCUGACGAUGAGGCCCCUCUCAGAACUGUUCAGUCCAAGCGGACAAAGGGACCAAAGGAUAUGGAGGUGUUGCCAGAGGAAAGUGAGUGUCCUUAUCACCAUGGGAAUGGUCCCUACAAUGAUGUCAAUAUCCCAGGAUGUUGGUUCUUCAAACUCCCUCAUAAGGACGGAAAUGUCAACAAUGUGGGAAGUCCAUUCUCAAAAGACUUCCUGUCAAAGAUGGAAGAUGGGACCUUGCAGGCUGGGCGGGCAGGCACCAACUCUACACGAGCCCUGGAGAUCAAUAAAAUGAUCUCGUUUUGGAGGAAUGCACACAAACGAAUUUGUUCUCAGAAGGUAGUCUGGCUACGCAAAGUGGAGCUUCCUCGUGCUGUUACAACACAUGAACAUUUCGACGAGCAAGGACAGUAUGGUGCUAUACUGCCUCAAGUCAUUACUGCAGGAACCGUCACUCGGAGAGCAGUCGAGCCAACCUGGCUGACAGCCAGCAAUGCGCGGAAAGAUCGUGUGGGGAGUGAGUUAAAAGCCAUGGUGCAGGUGCCUCCAGGUUAUCACCUGGUGGGGGCAGACGUGGACUCUCAGGAGCUCUGGAUUGCUGCUAUCCUGGGAGAGGCCCACUUCGCCGGCAUGCAUGGCUGCACUGCCUUUGGCUGGAUGACUCUGCAGGGGAAGAAGAGUCAGGGCACUGACCUACACAGCCGCACUGCAGAAGCUGUGGGAAUCAGUCGCGAGCACGCCAAGGUCUUCAACUACGGACGCAUCUACGGAGCCGGCAAACCGUUUGCUGAACGCCUUCUCAUGCAGUUUAACCAUAGGCUCAGUCAGCCUGAGGCAGCUACCAAAGCCCAGCAGAUGUAUGCACUCACCAAAGGCCUGCGCAGGUAUCAACUGACAGAGGAAGGGGAGUGGCUGGUGGAGAGACUGGGUCUGGAGGUGGAGAGAGCGGAAGAUGGGAGCAUCUCCCUGCAGGAGGUGCGUCGGAUUGGGAAACUGGCAGGACGGAGAUCAAACAACAAGAGAAAGUGGGAGUUAGUAGGUCACCGUGUCUGGGCAGGGGGUACGGAGUCACAGAUGUUCAAUAAACUGGAGAGCAUUGCUCACUCCGACCAGCCCUCCACUCCAGUACUGGGCUGCAGGAUCUCCAGAGCCCUGGAACCAACAGUUGUUAAAGAUGAGUUUAUCACCAGCAGAGUGAACUGGGUGGUGCAGAGUUCGGCAGUGGAUUACCUUCACCUGAUGUUGGUAGCUAUGCGCUGGCUGUUUGAGGAGUACGACAUUGAUGGACGUUUCUGCAUUAGCAUCCACGACGAGGUGCGCUACCUGGUACGGAGUGAAGACCGUUACAGAGCAGCGCUGGCAUUACAGAUCACCAACCUGCUCACCAGGUGCAUGUUUGCUUAUAAGUUAGGCAUGAAGGACCUCCCGCAGUCUGUGGCCUUCUUCAGUGCUGUGGAUAUUGACCAGUGUCUGAGGAAAGAGGUUACCAUGGACUGCAUGACCCCAUCCAACCCCACUGGGCUUGAGAGUAGAUAUGGCUUACCACAAGGUGAGGCCUUGGAUAUAUAUCAGAUCAUUGACAUUACCAAAGGCUCUUUAGCUAAAGGAAGAUAACAGGAUAUUACAGUUGGUCAACUUCCUAAAGGGUGGGACCUGGCGUUCCAAUCAAAGAGAGAAGCUGACCAUCAUAACCACUGAUCUGAAAUCAGUCUUACUGGGACCAAGAGUAAGAUGAUGCAGUAAACAAUGGGCGAUUGCCAUGGCAACAUGUACAGAAAGAUGGCUGAAGAUCUCUCUCCUCAUUGCUUUCUCCUCUUCUUCUUUGGCUCCUGGCUCUCCUCGGAAACCUGGGAGGAUUCGGUCUGUGGUGAAAGAUAAACCAGAACGUGGACACGUGUGUGGUUAUGAGGCUGAUCUCAGACCAUCCCAAUCGCAUGCACAAAGUGGAUGAAACCAAACUAUACAGGCUCUGUUUGAAUGAGUGUCUGGACAUCUACGCUGAUGCUGCUUGUUUUGGAGUAUGACUGUAAUAAUGAACAGAGGGGA